GUUGAAGGUAUUUAUAGGCGAUUCAGAGCUUAUUAAUAUGGUAGUGAAAAUCCUACAAACGAGAUAGUUGUGUCCACACCAAUUAUGACAGAGAAGUAUGUUUAAACAGAGGUGUAUGUUUCCUAAAAUUGGUAUGUUCUUUAGGUUGAGUGACCUCUUGAAACUCGAUUGAAGAUGCUAAUAAUCCAACUUACACUAAGGCCUUGGUUCGUAGGGCAGAAGCACACGAGAAGCUUGAACACUUUGAAGAAGCUGUCACGGGUAAGUUCAUUAGUAUUUGUUUUUGUUUUUUUUUACAGAUUAUGUAUUAUGAGCAUGCACUCUUUGCUGUUCAUUUCUGUUAAUCUGCACGUCAGAAAUAAAUUAAUUUGAUGAGCAAGAAAUUCAAUAAAGCUUUUAGGUUUAUCCUCUUAUCGGGAGACUUGGUUUCAGUUACAUUACCUACAGCCUACUGAUGGUUCUAUCUUUGACGAAAUCUAACUCCUUGUUUGACAUAAGUCUAUGGACAUUUUAAAUUUGAUUCAGACAGUAUAAUAAUAUCCGGUGUCUAAAAUUGAAACAAAGAUGGGCUCAAGUAGAACAUUGGGCCUAGGCCCAUGAAUUAUAUGUCUUUUACUGUUUUCUUUAUUGUAUUCAUCGGAGCAGCUAACGACUGUCAUCUUCUUCGAUCGAUUUUACCUUGCCGGUGAGCUCUGUUGUUCGCCGACCAGAGAUCGAAACAUCCGGGGAGCUAGAAGAAUCGAAGAUACUGUAAUGGCGAAUCAAGGAGCUAAGAAGCGGAAAGAUGAAAACGCUCGACACAUGGCCAAGCUCCGUCGGAUCAUCAUCGCUUGCAAUGUUGUGUACGUGAUAGUGAGGAUGGUGGUUUUCUAUUCAAGCUUUACCUGGAGACAUUGGAUAGGCCUUGUGGUUACGUCGUUAGGUUACGCCGUUCCUUACAAGUUUCUCGAUGGGAUGGCGAAGCCUAGUGUGAGUGAUGAUGGUGAGCUUAUUGAUGGUGGGUUUGACAUGAGCAGUGGUGGUAUUUGUGGAUAUUUGCACGAUGUACUCUACAUCACUUGCUUCGUGCAGCUAGCAUCUAUCAUCUCUGGAAAGUUUUGGUACGCGUAUCUAGUGAUUCCUGCAUUUGGAGCGUACAAAGCUUCUGGACUUAUUAGAGGAUUCAUGUCACAAGGAUCAGAGGGAGGUGUAGAAGAUGAGAAAACUCGCAAAAAGAGGGAGAAGAUGGAGAGAAAAGCUUCUAGAGGGCAAGCCGUCAGGACAAGAACACGGUAAACGUAUUAACAAUGUCUUUAGCAACAUAACUUGGGAAAAGCUUUCUUUAAACAUGUAAAACUGCAAAUCUAACGAGCAACAAUGCUCACUCUUUGGCUUUGCGAAAUCCUUUGCUGUACGGACGUGUAGCUGACUUUACACUGUUUUAGACUUUUAGUUAAAUGGAUGUUGUUAAGAUUGAGAUUUCUACUUAAGGGUUAGCAAAUUUUAUUUCAAACC